UACACCCUCUUUAGCCAAAAUGUCGUUAUCAAAACGGAGAAAAGUAGAUAAGGAGUGUAGAAUUUUCAAAGAAAAAUGGACCACGUCCUAUUUAUUUACAGAUAUGCACGGAAAACCUUCGUGCUUGGUGUGUUUGCAACAAGUUUCGGUAAUGAAGGAAUAUAAUAUUCGACGCCACUACGAGACUCAUCACAGCGAAAAAUAUGACGGCUUGCAAGGACAACUAAGAAGAGAUAAGAUUAACGAAUUGCUGGCGGGUCUGAGGAAACAGCAGUCAACUUUCAUCCAGAGCCGAGAAGUCAGUGAAGCAGCGGUAAAAGCCAGCUACCUAAUUGCAAGCGAAAUAGCAUUAGCAUCAAAGCCGUAUUCCGACGGUGACUUUGUUAAACGAUGCAUGAUGAAAGCGGCUGAACUUGUAUGUCCCGAGAAGCGACAAGCUUUUGCCAAUAUUAGCCUGACGAGGAAUACUAUAGCAGAGAGGAUUUCGGAACUAUCGGCAGAUUUAGACAGUCAAUUGAAACAGAGAGUCAAGUCAUUUAUUGCAUUUUCCGUGGCAAUUGACGAGAGCACUGACAUCACAGACGUGGCCCAACUGGCCAUAUUUAUUCGAGGAGUUGAUGAGACAUUGACAGUUACUGAAGAGUUUCUUGAGUUGGUGCCAAUGAUGGACACCACAACAGCCGAGGACAUUUUCGGCUCUGUCGUUGCUGCAUUAGACAAAGUUGGAGUGGACUGGUCCCGCGCUGUCAGCCUGGCUACAGACGGCGCGCCAUCCAUGGUCGGAAAGAAAGCAGGUGUCGCGACAAAGUUCAAAGACAAAGUACAAGCUCUUAAUGGAGGAGAUCGUUUCUGGACAUUUCACUGUAUUUUGCACCAGGAGGCAUUGUGUUGCAAGUCGCUGAAAAUGGACCACGUCAUGGAAGUGGUUGUUCGCACUGUAAAUUUCAUCCGGUCCAGAGGUCUGAACCAUCGUCAGUUUGACAAACUUCUCAGCGACAGAAACAUUACCCACAGCCUGCCAUACCACACUGAAGUGAGAUGGUUAAGCCGAGGCGCUGUGCUGAGGCAUUUCUUUGAUCUACGAGAGGAAAUCGGACAGUUCAUGGAAAAAAAAGGAAAACCGGUGUUGGAAUUACAAUCUCAGGAAUGGCUACGGGACCUUGCAUUCUUGGUUGAUAUUACUGAACACUUGAACAAUCUAAACAAAAUGUUGCAAGGCCGCAAAAAAGUUGUCACACAGUUUUCUGACAACAUACAUGCAUUUAAGUUAAAGCUGACUUUGUGGGAGAUGCAACUGGCAAAUGGAACUCCUGCUCAUUUCUCUUGUUUGAGAGAUGUGUGUGUGACCAGACCUGAUGCGGACAUUAAACGGUACAAAGACAAAAUUGCAGGACUACUGCGGGAGUUUGAGAAACGUUUUCAGGUAUUUGGUGAACUUGAGACAGAAUUUUCAGUUUUUCGCUCACCUUUCACAGUUAAAGCUUCUGAUCUGCCGGUCGAAAUUCAGCUAGAGAUAAUUGAUUUGCAGUGUGAUGCAGAUUUGAAGAGCAAAUUUGCCUCUGUAGGUCUGGACAAAUUUUAUCAGUAUCUACUACCAGGGUACCCCAAAUUAACAGCCCUGGCUGCUAAAAUUUUGUGCAUGUUUGGGACAACUUACCUUUGUGAACAAAUUUUCUCAGUGAUGAAUAUCAAUAAAACAAAAAUGCGUUCAAGGCUCACAAACAAGCACUUAAAUGACAUUCUGAAAGUGACAGCUAGUCAGGACAUGACACCUGGUGUUGAUGCACUUGUACAGGCCAAAAGAUGCCAAGUUUCAGGAACAAAUACAAGUCCAGACUAG